AUGUCUGGUGCUCGGAACCUCUCAAACGCCCUGCGGCGGGCACGAGUGCCUCGUCCUCGCAUCGUCGUCCGACCUACCCUGCUUCAAUCACCAGCUACGACUGCUAUCCGCACCUUCAGCGUGAGCUCCACUACUCGCGCCGACAAGCAGAUCAAGUACACUAGCGACGCAUACCCCAAUGUCAAGCGCGACCCCAACUUUGGCGAGCUUACUGCCAACGAUGUGGCCUUCUUCAAGGAGCUUCUGGGCUCCCAGUCCGCCGUUGUGGACGGCGUGACCGCCGAUGCGACGGACGACAUUGAGCCCUUCAACAGCGACUGGAUGCGCAAGUACCGCGGUCACACACGUUUGGUCCUGAAGCCCCAGACCACGGAGGAGGUUAGCAAGGUGCUAAAAUACUGUAAUGAGCGGAAGUUGGCGGUGGUGCCCCAGGGUGGAAACACUGGCUUGGUUGGCGGUUCGGUCCCUGUCUUUGACGAGAUCGUGAUCAACACCUCGCGGAUGAACCAAAUUCGUUCGUUCGAUGAAGCUUCCGGUGUGCUGGUUGCCGAUGCUGGUGUUAUUCUCGAGGUGGCAGACCAGUACCUUGCUGAGCGUGGCCAUCUGUUCCCUCUGGACUUGGGCGCCAAGGGAUCUUGCCACAUUGGAGGAAACGUUGCGACCAACGCCGGCGGUCUGAGACUGUUGCGCUAUGGCUCUCUUCAUGGAACCGUGCUGGGUCUUGAGGCAGUCCUGCCGGACGGGACUAUCGUUGACUCACUUUCUACUCUGCGCAAGAACAACACUGGAUACGAUCUCAAGCAGCUUUUUAUCGGUGCGGAAGGAACCAUUGGUCUGAUCACAAAGGUUGCUAUUAUUUGCCCCCCGCGUCCCAAGGCUGUCAACGUCGCCUACUUUGGAUUGGAGAGCUUUGAGCAGGUGCAGCGUGCCUACCGGGAGGCCAAGGGCCAACUUUCGGAGAUUCUCUCCGCAUUCGAAUUGAUGGACGGCCGCAGCCAGCGCUUGGUGCACGAUUCCACCGGCAACAAGUACCCCCUGGAGGGUGAGUACCCUUUCUACUGUCUGGUUGAGACCAGCGGUUCCAAUGCCGACCACGACAUGGAGAAGCUCGAGUCGUUCCUCGAGCACGUUCUGAGCGAGGGCAUCGUCGCAGACGGUGUCUUGGCUCAGGAUGAGACGCAGUUCCAGGCCAUCUGGCGCUGGCGUGAGGGUAUCACCGAGGCGUUGAGCCACCUGGGUGGUACCUACAAGUACGAUGUGUCGAUCCCGCUGCCUGAGCUGUACCAGCUUGUGGAGGACUGCAAGCAGCGGUUGACCGAGAAGGGCUUCGUUGGCGACGACGACUCCUUCCCCGUUCGUGCCGUUGUCGGCUACGGCCACAUGGGCGACUCUAACCUGCACCUGAAUGUGUCCGUCCGCCAGUACAACAAGGAGGUUGAGAAGGCCAUUGAGCCUUGGGUGUACGAGUGGAUUCAGAAGCGCCAUGGCAGUAUCAGUGCCGAGCACGGUUUGGGUAUUGCCAAGCGGGAGUUCAUCGGAUACAGCCAGAACGACACUAUGGUUAAGCUGAUGAAGCAGCUGAAGGCACUUUACGACCCGAACGGUAUUAUGAACCCGUACAAGUACAUCUAG